AUGUCUACCCCAUUAAUUGAUGAGGGAGCAAUGCUGAAUUUGAAGGAAUUAUCAGCAUGGGCAUUUACAAGUAUACAAAUGGAGAUGGAGAUGCGCAACUUUUUCAGAUGCGUCGACGAAGAUCGUCACGCGAAAGUACGCCCAUUUUUGUCUCAUCUUGGGUUAGACCGUCAAAUUGGAUAUGGGUACAAGAUAUGUCGAGUUACUGGGAGAGUCGCCCUUCAGAAGUCCAGUGACUUCCAGGCCCUAUUAUUCCCUCUAUCAAUUGGAGCAGGUAGUCGCAGUAUAGGGUCAGGGGAGGCGAUGAUCAAUGUUGGGCUUCUUAAGCCGGGGUAUUGGAUUGAAAUAACGACUGUCAUCGUUAUUGAUGCUCUUAUGGAUUGCCUCAUUGUCCUUUUACCGGAACCAGGGUUCCUUAUAGCGCCGACACAGAGCCAAAGCCUACAGAUCGAGCACACUGUUAGUCACUAG